AUGACAACAGGUAGCAAUAAAAGUAACUCUGAAACUGUAUUAGUAACUGGUGGAAGUGGAUAUUUAGCAUUAUUUUGUAUUGUCAAAUUGCUAAAAGAGGGAUAUAAAGUUAGAACUACAGUAAGAAAAUUAUCGCGUAAAGAAGAUGUAUUAACAUCGAUUAAAUAUUCAGGAUUGUCAGUAAGUGAUGAUGAGAUUGAAUUUGUAGAAGCUGAUCUUUUGUCUGAUAAUGGUUGGAGUGAUGCUGUUAAAGGUUGUAAAUAUAUUUUACAUGUAGCAUCACCAUUCCCACCAGUACAACCAGAGAAUGAGGAAGACCUUAUUAGACCUGCAGUAGAUGGAACUCUUCGUGUAUUAAAAGCAGCUCGUGACGAUACUAAUGUUAAACGUGUAGUAUUAACAUCAUCAACUGCAGCAGUAGCUUUCGGUAAACCCAACGAGAAUUUGGGUAGACCAUUCACCGAAGAAGAUUGGACCUUCAUUGACGAAACUUGUUCUGCUUAUGGCAAAUCUAAAACAUUAGCAGAAAAAGCAGCAUGGAACUUUAUUGAAAAGGAAUGUGACAAUAAAUUAGAAUUGGUCACUAUUAACCCAACCUAUAUAUUUGGGCCAUUACUCAACACCGAUGUAUCAACAUCAAUAGAUAUUAUUUCAAGUAUUAUUAAAGGUGUACAAUCAUAUGCACAAGUUUCAACAGGUGUCGUUGAUGUAAGAGAUGUAGCAGAUAUUCAUUAUUUAGCAAUGAUCACCGAAGAAGCCAAAGGUAAUAGAUUCAUCUCUAUCUCUAGCGAUAGCAACGUUUCAAGAGAAUAUAUAGCAAGACUUUUUAUAGAAAAACUACCAGAAUUAUCAAAAACUAUAACUCCACCAGGUAAUCAUCCAGAUCAAUAUAAACACAGACAAAUCUCAAAUGAAAAAGCCAAAAGAAUAUUAGGUUGGAAUCCAAGACCAACAAACGAGACAUUAUUAUCAACCGCUAAAAGCUUAGCUGAUUUUAAUUUAAUUUAA